GGAAGGAGACAGAGUGGGAGCUUGUCUCAGACACAAUGGAGAUAUAGACUACCUUGACAUUCUCAAGGACACGCCGUUUGAUCAGUUUUCAAUUUACGUUCACAUUUGGUCUCAGAGUGAUGGUGGGUGUGCAGCUAGCGACAUGACAACCUCCACUACAAUUGGCCUCUGACACAGAGCAAUCUACUUCAUCUCUAUGCUGACAUCAACAUUGAUGAAUGUACUCUUAACGAGGAUGACUGCUCUGAGUUUGCUACCUGCUCUGAUAUUGUGGGAGGAGAAGGAAGCUUCCAGUGUACCUGUAACACUGGAUACUCUGGAGAUGGCACUGCAUGCAACAAUAUUGAUGAGUGCUCAACUGAUAUGCACAACUGUGCAGACCAGGCUACAUGUACAGAUACUGAAGGUAGUUUUAGCUGCACUUGUAACACUGGAUACUCUGGAGAUGGUAGAAACUGCAACAAUAUUGAUGAGUGCAGUGCUGGUGCUCAUAGCUGUGCACAGCAGGCAACAUGUGCUGACACUGAUGGCAGUUUCCUUUGUACCUGUAAUACCGGAUACACUGGCGAUGGGACUGGAUGCAUUGAUGUUGAUGAGUGUGAACUAAACUAUUGUGACGAGAAUGCAAACUGUGGUAAUAUGGACGGUAGCUACACCUGUGUUUGUUCAUCUGGAUAUUCUGGAGAUGGAUUAGAUUGCUUCAAUAUUGAUGAAUGUGCUACAAAUGUGAGCAACUGUGCAGAACAAGCUACAUGCACUGAUUUUGAAGGCAGUUUCCUCUGUACGUGUAACACUGGAUACACUGGAAAUGGCUUUGAUUGCAGCGAUAUUGAUGAAUGUGACGGUGAUAACAGUUGUGAUGAGAGUGCAGAAUGUACUAACUCGGUGGGGACCUAUUCCUGUUUGUGUUUACCUGGAUACUCUGGGGAUGGAAUGACCUGUUUCGUCGUCUGUGAUCCGAGCUGUCACGCGAAUGCAGAGUGUACACUAACCGGGGACUCUACUAGCUGUGUGUGUGGAGUGGAUACUCUGGGGAUGGCAUAACUUGUGACGAUAUCGACGAGUGUGAUAUGGGUCUUUGUUCUGGCAAUGCCGAUUGCAACAACACUGUGGGUAGCUACACCUGCCAGUGUCAGUCUGGGUUUAGUGGAGACGGGGAGACAUGUUCUGAUAUUGACGAAUGCACGAAUGAAGACAGACAGUUGUGAUGUUAAUGCAAUGUGUACCAAUACCAUGGGCAGCUACUCUUGUUCAUGUCUAUUUGGAUACUCGGGAGAUGGAGAGAUGUGCAUCGAUGUGAAUGAGUGCGUGGAAACUGAGAAUGCAUGCAGUAGUUUCGCCAGAUGUGCCAACACUAAUGGGAGCUACAUGUGCUACUGUCAUCUUGGGUAUAUGGGAGAUGGCAUCAACUGCAUGGAUAUUGAUGAGUGUGGGAGUAAUGGGAUCUGUGGGAAUGGAAGUGAUUGCCAAAACAGUGUUGGUAGCUACUCCUGUUCAUGCACUGAUGGGUAUGUUCUAGAAGACAACUUUUGCACAGAUAUGGAUGAGUGUCUGCAAGAGAGUACAGAACCUUUGUGUCAGGAUAACAGUGAAUGUAUGAAUGUUGAAGGGAGUUACAUGUGUAGAUGUGUGGAUGGCUACUCGGGAGAGAGCUGUGCAGAUAUCAAUGAGUGUGAGGAAGGCUCUUACAGUUGUGGUGAUAAUGCAGCCUGUAACAAUAUUGACGGUAGCUACAAUUGCUCCUGUUUACCUGGAUUCUCUGGAGAUGGACAGAUGUGCAGUGACAUUGACGAGUGUGGCCGUGAUAGUAAUAACAACUGUGCAGUAAAUGCCACGUGUAACAAUACUUUUGGAAGUUUCAACUGCCGCUGUUUGUCUGGUUAUGAUGGAGACGGAGUAUCAUGCAUAGGUAAAUGAUAUCUGGAUAGUUGAAGAUUUUUGUUUUGAUGUCUGGUAUAUACAUACUUUUUUUAGAUAUUGACGAAUGUGAGAGGGGAAGUGACAGUUGCGAUGAAAAAUGCAGACUGUUACAACAAUGACGGGAGCUACACCUGUACUUGCAAGCAAGGCUACACAGGAAAUGGAAACAUCUGCUCAGAUGUUGACGAAUGCACAGAGUCCCCAGUAGUCUGUGCUGGAGCUGAAAGGUGUGACAACACAAGAGGCAGCUACCAGUGCCUCUGUGAAGCUGGUUAUACUUGGGAUGGCAAUUCCUGUGGAGAUGUAGAUGAGUGCAGCAUGGGCAUGUCCAACGAGUGCAGUCCAGUAGCUGAAUGUGUUAAUACUAUUGGUAGUUACAGCUGCCAGUGCACACAAGGCUACAGAGGGAAUGGCUCAUAUUGCUUAGACAUCAAUGAAUGCUAUGAGCAAUCUUAUGACUGCCAUCAAAAUGCCAACUGCUCAAAUACUGACGGAGGCUAUGAAUGCCACUGCUCUGGUGGCUACACAGGCAAUGGAACUGAGUGUGAAGCCGUGCCAGAAGUAAGUGGACCUGAAAGGCAGAGAGGCAGUGAGAGUGGUCCAGGGAUAGGGCUGGUGGCUGGGGUGGUAGUGGCCGGACUACUACUGGUAGUUGUGGUGUUGAUAGUAGUUGGGAUUCUAUGUGCUUUCAAGAUCAGGCUUCGCUCAAAGUCGGUGCGUCUUCCCACAUCUGCCGACCCUGGUUUUGACAACGUAAUCUAUGGAGCAUCAAAUGGAAGCAUUCAGAUGGGCUCUAUAAGGAAACAAUCCAAUAGUGGAGGUCCAUUGCAAAACUGUUCCUCUGCUACCGACGAAAAUGAACUAAGAGUCUUAGAAAAUCCUAUGUAUAAUGGAAUACCGGCACAUGGGGAGGAGGAAUCACACCUUUCCUCUCUCUAUGACACUCCUAUGGAAAAGCAGACAUACAGUGUACAAAGUUGUGUGGAGAGUAACGUGUACGACUAUGCCUCUUUACCACAAGGAGGGUGCCCUCAAAAUGGAAAUGGUGCUCCAUUAGAGUGCUAUUCAGCCGUUGAUUACUACUCUACACUUAAUGAGUACAGCUACAUGGAGCAAGACUAUGGUGACAUCAUCAAGAAGGUUGAGAGGUGUGGUGGAGCAGUAGAGGAGGAUGGUGCCAAUCUCUACUACAGUCCGGCUGAGAGAGAAGAUGAGCUCUACCAACAGCUCCAGAAACAGAGAAUAAAGUCCAUCCCUAGCUCACAUAUCAAAAAACUCGGAGUUCUUGGAUCCGGUGAAUUUGGGACUGUCUGCAAGGGCCAAUGGGUCUAUGCUGACAAGAAAUUGGAUGUGGCAAUCAAGGUUCUCUCAGAUGCUUCAGACGAGACCAGUAAAGUCAAGUUCCUGCAGGAGGCAGCCAUCAUGUCCCAGUUCAGACACCCAAAUGUCAUCAAGCUUUACGGAGUUGUUAGUGAUGGACGUGAGAUAAUGCUCAUAGUGGAACUGCUAGAAAAGGGAGACCUACGCCAGGCACUCAAUAAAAUGAGACCAGAUCCUGGUCAACUCCACUCAGUUGAUCUUCCCCUGACUCUGUUGGCCUUCAGCCGCCAGACUGCCCUGGGGAUGCUCUACCUCUCAGGGAAAGGCUUUGUCCACAGAGACAUAGCAGCCAGGAACAUCCUUCUCUCUCACAACAACAUCUGCAAGAUAAGCGACUUUGGGAUGUCACGUGAUUUGGAAGAUGAAAACUACUACAUGUCUCAGGGAGGGAAGGUGCCAGUCAAGUGGACAGCUCCAGAGGCUCUUGCCUACAAGAAGUACUCAACUGCCAGUGAUGUGUGGAGUUAUGGCUGUCUCCUCUAUGAGAUAUGGAGUCUUGGACACAAGCCUUUUGAAGGAUACACCAACCAAGAGGUUGUUCAGCAGCUGCAGACAGGAUACCGCUUGCCUCCCCCUCCUGGCUGUCCAGAGGCAAUAUACAACCUAAUGAUGGACUGCUGGAACCCAGAUCCAGCCGAGCGUCCAACAUUCCAGCAGAUUCUCCUGACUCUUCUGGGAGAUGACAAGGCUCUACUGGCAGUUCCUACAGAGGAGAGGGCCUCUCACAGUCUGGCUGGAGUCCUGGGGUCUCCACUGGAGGCCGGCCACAGCAUGUACCUCAACAGACAGAACUCCUACCUUACCAUCUGAUAUAGACAAAUAGCUAAAUGGCUAGGCCUUGAGAUACAUUGUAUUGCAUCAA